AUGUUAGUGGACCUAAAAGUCUGGAGCCCCAGAAGGACGGAGAAGCCUGCUUACCAUGACGUCCCCCACCUUUCACGCUAUUCACCAGACCUGGAGGGCACCUGGGUCACGGGGGACAAGGAAGGCUUCCAAGCGCAGGAAGACAUGCAUCCAUGUCCUGAAAGCACAAGCUCAGAUGUCCUUGUCCCUGAACAUGUGACUGGCUUCAGCUACCCUCUGCCCUCCCCUGCCUUGGACGGUGCUUCUCCUCCUGGUUUCCUGGGCCCUACCUCUCUUUUGGCUGCCACUGUCAUCUCCCUACCAAGGGCCAGUUCAGAUUUUUUCCUGUCUUUCACAACCGAGGUCUGCUCCCGCCCCCGCCUGGGGAGGGGCGCCGGCCCAGCCCCGCACCUGGCCCUCCCGCUGGCCGCGGGGGCGGGAGCUGCGGGCCUCGCCCCAGGCCCUCGGGCCGUGCAGCUGCCCCACGCGGCGGUCCCGGGACAGCCUCGCCCGGCGCGGGUGAGGGGCGCGGGCUCGGGCUCCCCGCGCGUGCGGGCUCCGCACACCUGCCGGCCCGCGAGGUUCAUUAGGCGGCGCCUGUGCAGCCGGGCUGAGCAGCCGCGGAGGGAGUCCGGGCCAUGGGACCCACCCGGGAGCCCCGCCAGGAACCGCGGGGUCAGUGCCUGCUGGCUCUCCACAGGCCAGGAAGGUGGAGGCAAGCCCCUGGCUGCUGGGCUGAAGGAGGAGAAACCACUGCGGAGUUCAGCCCCCCACCCUCAGGGUGCCCCGGAUGAGGAACCACCCCUCUCCUGCGCUGUCUCCUGGGAGAAGAAGCCGUCAGAGGCCCCUGGGGAACUAACUGGGGCUGAUGCUGGGAGAGUGUGCCAGCCAACUGGCUCGGGGGCUCUCCACAAAGACAGAACUCUGGCCCCGCCUAGGCCCCAGCCCCAGGGGGAAGGCUGCGCCCUCCCGGUGAGAGAGGUGAAGCCAGGGAAGAGGCCCUGCUCUCCAGCCCCCAAUAAGCAGAAAAAGCCUAAUGCCGUGGGUUUGGCCUCCACAUCAUCUCCUGGUGCCACUAACUCAGCCCAUGGCACACACAACCCAGUGCCUUGUGGGUCAGGCCGGGGACCUUGCCAUCUGUCCAACCUCCUCAGCACAUUGGCCCCAAACAGCCACAACACAGACCAGAAGAAGAGGCCCCCAGAAGUGACCUGCCAAGUUCGGAAAAAGACUCGAACACUAUACCGCUCAGAUCAGCUGGAGGAGCUAGAAAGGAUCUUCCAAGAAGACCACUACCCAGACAGUGAUAAGCGCCGGGAGAUCGCCCAGACGGUGGGGGUCACCCCCCAACGCAUCAUGGUAAAGGGAGCUGGCCAACUGGUUGCGGGGUGGAGGAGAAUCUGCGGCUUGGAACUCUCAAAGAGCAGACCAAGUACCAGCGUGUGGUUCCAGAAUCGCCGGGCAAAGUGGCGAAAAGUGGAGAAACUGAAUGGGAAGGAGAAUAAGGACAGUCCUGCAGGGCCCGCCCCUACCCCUGCCAGCAGUCAGUUCAGCUCUGCAGCUGAGCUGCCACCGACUGUGCCCAUGGACCCAGAGCCUGGUAUCUUCCCUCAGGUGCCCCCUCUGGAUACUCUUCCAGAGCCGCCCAUGCUGCUGAUGUCUGACCAGACCCUGACCCCAACCCAACAGAGUGAGGGUGCUCAGAGGGCGGCGGUGACCCCACCACUCUUCAGCCCCCCACCGGUUCGAAGAGCCAACCUUCCUUUUCCCCUCGGCCCUGUCCACACCCCCCAACUGAUGCCUAUGCUGGUGGAUACUCCUGACAGUGACAGCAGCCACAAGAAUGGCCCCUGUGGGUCCUGGGGGACAAGUGUCACGCCACCACCCACUUGCUCAUACUUGGAAGAGCUGGAACCCCAGGACUACCAACAAAGCAACCAGCCGGGACCGUUCCAGUUCCCCCAGGCUCCACAGCCCCAGUUUUCAUACCUGCAUCCCUUCCCCUUCCACGUGCCCAGUUCACUGACGCCUCCACUGCCAGAGGACUCUCUCUUCACAUUGCCUUAUGGCCCCAAUGGGGGUACCUCGCAGGGCUACUUCCCAGGUCCCCCAUCAGGGCAGAUCCUGCUGCAGCCACCUGCUGGGAACAUGAGUACAGUCCCCUGGAAUGACCCCUGCUUGCCAGAACUGCCCUUCCCCGGUCCCUUCUGUCCACCUGCUCUGGGGCACCCCCCAGGAGGCGAUGGCCACUUCUCCAAUCUUUUUCCAGCUUCCUGUGCUCAGGUUACGAGCAGGCAGCCUUCUCCAGGUCUCACCCGGCUGUCUGAAGGGGCCAGACCAGGAACUGGGCCUGUACUCGGCAAGGCCCAAGAGGAGCAGCCUGCUGUCUCUGUGGAGCAGCCCUCAGCACCCAAGGAGGUUCGAGAGGAAGACAAGAACAGCCAUAGGCCCUAG